GACGCAGGCUGAGAGCCUUGCAACAUAGCUUAAAAUAUUUCUUCUCUUCAGUCAAUUGCUUUGGAUUGGAGGUGUAUGGUCGCGUUCAAAUUAUGUAUCUGCUCGUCGAAGGUGGAAUAGUGCUUUCUUUGGCCUUGGGUUGUGCAUUAUGCGAUCAACUUGAUUCUGCUAAUAAUGUGAUAAUACCGCAAAUAUACGAAUAUGAAGACUUUUACACGUGUCGACGAAAAUUCAAAAACUUUGUAUACUGUGUUAGCGAUACUACACUUCAACCAAAUACAUCGAGCAAUCUAUGGAAACGCAUAUUACAAUUGCAAUCCAAUCGUAGAAAUUUCCCGCAUGAUCAACUGGAACGAGGAUUGUGUCUAAACGAGUAUUAUGAUGACGUGACCCUUAAUAAUGAUACUUAUAAGUUAUUGGAUAUCUAUAUAUCCAAUAAAAUCUACAAUCAGUAUGGCCUGAACAGUCAUUCAAAAAUUAACUCUUGCUGGACGACAACACAUUUUGCUCAGCAUAGAACAUUUGGCGAGUGUUUCUUCGUUUUCAUUUCGUUGUUACUAAUCUUGACAACAUCAUUUGCUACCUGGAAGGAAUUGAACAACUCUGCAACUGAUUCAAUCAUAAUUAAAUCCUUUUCUUUACGAAGAAAUUUGCAAUGGUUAUGGGUAGCCUCAAAACCAAACUCACUGCGCUAUCUGGAAGGUCUUCGGGCGCUAGGCACACUAACAAUAUUGAUAGUGCAUUCGCAAUUACCAAUAAUACGAAUGCCUGUGUGGAACACGGAAGAUUUAGAAUCGCAAGCCAACCAUGUAAUGUUUCCUCUAAUUAAUUCUGCAAACACUCAUAUGAUACAAUUUUUCUUUACUCUGGGAGGAAUGGUAUUCGGGAUAAGCUGUCUCACUCACUUUGAACGAUUUCCUGAAUUCAAAAUCAUGUAUUUCCUGAAGAAAAUAUUAAGGCGUUUGAUAAGUUUGUAUGCUGCAUUGUUCUGCAUUCUGCAUUCGGGAGAAAGUAGAAAGGUAUAAAAGGGAUGGCCGCGGAGAACAUAAGUCUCUUUCGAACCAGUUCGGAUUUUUUUGUAACAUCACGAGUAAUACACGAGGUAAGUUAUAAGAAACCGCGCAGUAUUUAAAUCACAAACAUUCGAACGAACAAUAUUCCAGUUGCCAAUUAAAAUCCUAUUUUAAUUGGAAGUUCGCGAAAGUGCGUCAAAAGUUUGCGCUUGAGGAAAGCGCUCGGCGUGAUACGAAAAGGUGAACGACCUGCUGUGUUAACAGAAUGGCUGAUCCCGUGUGUGCAGUUUGCAAUGGAGCGGAUUUAACCUACAGUGUGGUGUGCAGCCGUUGUACUCGAGCAUUUCAUCUACAGUGCCCUAACGUGGAUGACUCAGUGUAUGACCUACAUUGGUUUUGUGACAUGUGCACACCAGGAUCACCAGCUCCGCGCCGGGAUCUGCCCCAAGAGGCCCCCUUACAUCUAACCCAAGCACCUACCAUGAGACCACCAUCGCAACACUAUGCCAAUCCGUUAGCGCAUAAUAUAACGGAGAACCAGCCCCCCACAGCGAGAGAUGAUGGUCAGUCAUCUCAACUGACCUUGCGAGCAGCGCUUUCCGCCAGUGUACCCCACCAAAGCGCAGCUCCUUACCCGCCAACGGGAGGUCAGUUAGAGCAAGUUGCAGCAUCUCAACAGAUCUUGCGAGCUGCUGAAAAAGGCCGGUGUACGUCACCAAAUUGCAGCACCUCCUGUGUCAAUGGGAAGUCAGCAAAUUACCGCAGGAGAAGCCGGCCCAAGUGCCUAAAUACACCUGAGACAAGUAGCAUGUAGUGUCGUGCUGUUAGAGCCGGGCGCAGUAUUUCGCCCACUUAUGCCGAUCCAUCAUGCUCUUCCGGUCAGUAUCAAUUUGGAGAAUCCAUGUACCUCUUCGAGAACAGCUGAUUUACCGACCGACUAUUCCGUUAAUGAAGACACCCUGAGGAAACUUAACAGACGCUUCAACCAAGUAUUGGACGGUAUAGAUACACUGCAACCAAGAUCCAGACAGGAAGUGGAAUACCGGCGCAUUGAGAGACUGAUGGAAGCGGUGUUAGAACGACUCAGCGACGAACCAGAUGGAGGCCGACGCCGUGCCAGUCUGUAUCAUCCUAGUUUUACUAUUUACGAAGAUCAAGAGCAGACACACGACCUAAUCCGCAGCCAGAAAUCCGCGCGACAAGCCGUAAGCGCGGAUCUACCAGAGUUUGACCGAAAUCCCGAAGACUGGUCCCACUUUGAAGCACGUUUCGAGGAAACUACAGAACUAUGCGGCUAUUCUGACGGAGAAAAUGUAGCACGUCUGCGUUAAGCACUGAAGGGAAAGGUGCUGAAAGCGGUGCAAAGCAGAUUGAGAAGGGGAGAGCACCUUUCGGAGAUCAUGGAUACACUACGGAACAGAUUCAGGCGUCCGAUGACAGUAGUGACUACGCUCCUCGAGCGCAAAGAGAUUUGCGCCACAGUGAGGACGAGUGGGGUCAAAACUAGUUAUGAUGGCCCGAUAUUACAGGAGCUUGUGGAACGUUUGCUUCCGACAGUGAUGCUGCUAUGGGGUAUGCAUUGUCGAACUUUACCAGCUGUAACCCUGCAGGAGUUCUGAAAAUUGAUAGUGAGGUUAAAGGAAUCGGUUCUGUACGUGAAACCAUUGAAAUACGAACCACAAGUGUGACACUACGUUAAUACACACUCUGUGGGUAAGCUUUCAUGUGCUGCCUAUUGGAGGAUGAAUCAGAUGGACUGUCUGAAUUACGUCAAGCGACAACACCUGUGCCGAGUAGUCAAAGUACUAAACUUUGGCAUUCUACCACUCUACAUGGCAUUCUACAAAAUAAUAGUAUGCUUCGUUAUGUGCCGGUUACAUUAGAGGCCGACGGGCACAAAGUAAAUACUGUCGCAAUAUUAGAUGAAGGUUCCUCUAUAACACUAAUUGAAGAUAAAUUGUGCCACGAGUUACAACUGAAAGGAGCCAAGAAGCCGUUAUGCCUCAGUUACACAGGAGGACAACAACGUGAGGAAAAUGAGUCUAUGGAGGUUAGCCUUAACGUUUCGGCUAUCGUCAGCAAUAAACGUUCAUAUCGCGUGCAGUUGGUUUGCACAGUGCAGAAAUUACAGGGCGUUCGGGAUAUUUUUUACAGUUACAUUUUUGUUUAUAACUCGUGAUCGAGUUGGCAUAGGAAAACAAGCAAUACGCCAUUCGACAGCUAAAAGUGUACGCAACAAGCAGCGAAAACAUCCCGUGAUAAAAAAUGCCAAAAAGAGUACAUUGUGGAAGCGGAUCACAUGCAUCAUGAUGAUCCGCGCCGGACGCGACAACCGCAACAUCAUGCAGUGCGUGCAGUGUUCGCUGAACACGGUGAAGGCGAUCCGGAGUGGACCAGAAGGUUAACACCCAGAACAACCGGUGGCUGGCUUACUGCCCGGCGGACGUGCCACGGGUGCCGCAAACCAAGUUCCCCCAGACGGUGAUGGUGUUUUCCUGCGUGUCAUCGGGAGGGGACGUGAUGCCGCCCCACUUUUUCGAGCAGGGGCUGAGGCUGAACGCGGACGGGUACAUUUCCAUGCUGAACACCGUCGUGAAGCCUUGGAUCAUGAGAGUGGCCAACGGCAGACCGUACGUGUUCCAGCAGGAUUCCGCUCCGUGCCAUACAGCCUCCAAAACGAUAAAGUGGUUGGCGGCCAAUUUAAACGACUUCACCGCGCCGAAUGUGUGGCCUCCCAGCUCCCCGGAUCUUAAUCCAAUGGAUUAUUUCGUGUCAGGCGCGGUGGAACGGGACACCAACAGAACCUCCAGCAACACCAAGGCGGAGCUGAUGGUGAAAAUCAGGUCCGUUUUUGCGGCCCUACCCCGCGAAACUGUCGCCAGGGCUUGUUUCCGCUUCCGGAAACGGAUGGAGGGCGUAAAAGAAGCCGAGGGCGGAUAUUUUGAAUAAAAUGAAUAAAAUACAUGGUAAGCUACUAUUUCUAAAACAAACAAAAAAUCCCCAGAUGAUUAAUUUUGCCAUUUUUUUUUCUUUUUCCGUAGGUGACUGUCAAAAUUAUCCCGAACGCCCCGAACAAUCGAUUAGCUGCAACCAGUUGGCAGCGAAGUACAAACAUUUGAAAUCGCUCCCAAUGUCAUCAUUCAAUCCAUCGGCACCAAAACUAAUUAUAGGGAUGGAUAAUUAUUUCCUCACAAGACCACUUAAGUCAAUUGAACGGUCUAUGGACGAGCCAGUGGCCACCAAGACCCGUGUAGGUUGGGUUGUCUCGGGAAAGUGUUCAUGACGAUAAUAGAAUCACUUCAAGGGUAUCGGUGCACCGAGUGUGAAUGCCAAAACAUCGAUUAAAGAAUAGAUGCUGCAAUGAGAGAAUGUU